AUGCUUGAUGAAAUUUUGAUAGGAUUAUCUGCCACUGUUCUUUUGCGAAUAUCAAAUCCAAGUUCAUCAACUGGCAUUCCUGAAGUGAACCAGACCAGUCUGCAAAUUUAUGGAUUACCUAGUGGGUACUACAAUGAAGUGUACUUCAAGGAGCUUGUCCGGUUCGACGUUGUUCAUUCUGUACAAGCCAUUCACGAACUUAUUUCUUUACUGGAACGAAUUCUAGAGUUUUUCAAGCACUCUACGAAUCUCAAACAACUGGGUGGCCCUCAAGAAGUAUAUCAUGAUAUGAGGUUAAUCAAUGACAUUGUUAACAUAUGUCAUAGUGUGAUACACUACAAUGCUCUACCGUUUCGAAGCCUUCCCGAUGUGAUUAGAUAUCUGAGCAAAUUAAAGUCGAAACAAAUCAGGGAAAUCGUGAAGGAAAACAGAGAAGGUAUUAACGAGAAGUACUCGAUUAUUAACAAGGAGCACGAGAAGCUUGCAGACAACGCAGAAGAUCCAAAUAUCCUAAAGUUUAUACUUUUCCAUUUCUUUUAUGAAUAA